AUGGCACCUUCAUUUGAACAGCUCGACCCCGAGACCGAGUACGAAGAUGACGAGGAGAUUGACUUCUCGGAUCUGCGCGAGCAGUUCGAGACCAACAUGGAGGAAGGCCUCGACACAUUCAUCGUGAUCGACGGCCUUCCAAAAGUCCCCGCCGCCAACAAGGACAAGCUGGUCAAGUUCUUGCUGCGAAGCUUGACCAAGGUCGGCAAGACCAAGGAAGAGAAUGUCUACAUGCCCAUGGGCGACGAUGGCGUGUCCGAAGGCUUCGCCUUCGUCGAGUACGAGACGCCCGCACAAGCCGCCGCCGCAGUCAAGGCGCUCCAUGCGACUCCCCUCGACAAGAAGCACACCAUAUCUGUCAACAAACUCACCGAUAUCGAGCGUUAUGGGCGCGAGGGCAGAAUCGACGAGAACUACAACCCACCCGAGAUCCCGGCAUUCGAAGAGAAGGAGCAUUUGCGAUGGUGGUUGGGCGAUGCAGAGGGCCGAGACCAGUUUGUCAUGUACCGCGGCGACAAUGUCGGUGUGUACUGGAACGAGAGGGAUGGACAACCGGACCCGAUCGUGGAUCGCCAGCACUGGACCGAGUCAUUCGUGCAGUGGUCACCGAAGGGCACAUAUCUCACCUCCAUGCACAACCAGGGUGUACAGCUCUGGGGCGGUCAGAACUGGUCGAGGCAAAAGCGUUUCAUGCACCCAGGCGUCAAUCUCGUGGAUUUCUCGCCAGACGAGCGCUUCCUCACCACCUGGUCCCACAAGCCCAUGGAAAUCAGCGAAGGCAACCCAGUCCUCUCUCUUGAAGAGGAUGGCAAGAACUACAUUAUCUGGGACAUCGCAACCGCGAAGCCGCUCCGUUCCUUUGUCACACUCGAUGCUCCUGGCCCGACCCUCGACCCAGAAGGCAACCCCGUCAAGAAGAAGAUCCAAUGGCCUGCGUUCAAGUGGUCUGCUGAUGCCAAGUAUGUUGCACGUAUGAACUACAAGCAGAGCAUCAGCGUGUACGAACUCCCCAGCAUGCGACUCAUGGACAAGGCCAGCGUCAAGAUCGAGGGCAUUGAGGAUUUCGAGUGGUGUCCAAGCAACCCUCAGCGCGAGGGCAAGAGAGACUACGAGCAGUUGUUCUGUUACUGGACUCCUGAAAUGGGCUCCAACCCGGCCAAGGUCGGUCUCAUGUCCAUCCCAUCCAAGGAGAUCGUCCGCACUCGGAACCUGUUCAACGUCAGCGAUGCCAAGCUUCACUGGCAGUCAGAGUCCGCCUUUGUCUGCGUCAAGGUCGACCGACACAGCAAAUCGAAGAAGUCGCACGCCACCAACCUGGAGAUCUUCCGCGUCAAGGAGAAGGGUGUUCCAGUCGAGGUGGUCGACGACAUCAAAGAAACCGUCGUCAACUUCGCAUGGGAGCCCAAGGGUGACCGAUUCGUUCUCAUCACUGCUGGCGAAGCCGUCCAAGGCGCAGCGGUUGGGCCAAAGACAUCCGUCUCGUUCUUCUGCCCCGAGAAAGCAAAGGGCAAUGCUGUCGGCAACUUCAAGCAUAUUCGCACGGUAGAAAAGAAGAACAACAAUGCCAUCCACUGGUCUCCUAAUGGUCGAUUUGUGAUUGUGGCCACGGUGCUGAACCAGCAGAGCUUCGAUCUCGAUUUCUACGACUUUGACUUUGAAGGUGAGAAGGAGGAGAAGGACAAGGAUCUGACUGCGAACUUGCAGCUCAUGGCCACUGCUGAUCACUACGGCUUGACUGACAUUGAGUGGGACCCAAGCGGACGCUUCGUUGCCACCAGCGCCAGUGUCUGGAAGCACAGAAUGGAAAACGGAUACCACCUCUACAGCUUCUCCGGUCAGCUCCUUCGCGAAGAACCCAUCGAGCAGUUCAAGCAGUGGGCUUGGCGACCACGACCAGAGCGUCUGCUCAGCAAGGAAGAGAUGAAGAACGUGAGGAAGAACCUGCGCGAGUACUCCCGCCAAUUCGAAGAGGCCGAUGUUGCCAAGCGUAGCAGUGCCGACAAGGCCGUCAUCGAGGCCCGUCGUAGGCAGCUCGACGAAUGGUUGGCAUGGCGCGAACGUGUGCAGGCCGACCUGCUUGAGGAGCGCCAGGACUUGGGUCUGCCUGAACUUUCUGACGAGCAACGUGCCCUUGUUGUCGAUGACGACGGCGAUGAGAGCAAGGUGGUUGAGGAGAUCUUCGAGGAGAUUCUGGAGGAGUCUGAGGAGGUUAUCGAAUAG